AUGGCCUUCCAACAACCCCCGUACAAGUUCGAACGCCUCGACAAAGACAAAGCCAUCCUCCUCAUCGUCGACCACCAACUAGGUCUCCUGCAGCUCGUCAAGGACUACACCACGGCCGAGUUCCGCAACAACGUGCUCGCCCACGCCGAGCUGGGCAAGCUCUUCGACCUGCCGACAAUCCUGACCACCUCCGCCGAGACCGGGCCCAACGGACCACUCCCCAAGGAAAUCACCGACAUGUAUCCGGACGCGCCGUUCAUCCGGCGCAACGGCGAGGUCAACGCCUGGGACAACCCGGACUUCCGCCAGGCCGUCGAGGCCACCGGCCGCAAGCAGGUCAUCCUGGGCGGCAUCGUCACCGAGGUGUGCACCAUGUUUCUGGCCCUGAGUCUGCGCGAGGCCGGGUACUCGGUGUGGGCGAACACGGAGGCCAGCGGCACGGCCACGCCCAAGCUGGCCGAGGUCGCGAACCGGAGGAUGGAGAAUGCGGGAGUACACUUGACUGGCAUGUUCGGCAUCGCCAUGUUCCUGAUGAAAGACUGGCGAAACACUCCUGGCACGGCCGAGGUGCUUCCGUUCUUGGACAAGUACUUCCCGGCCUACGGCAUCGUCGCCAGGAGCCACGGCUCCGCCAAGAAAUUCGGGGACAUCGUCCCGGGCGAAGACCAGCUGUUGUGA